CAUUUACAGAAGAAAUUAUUGAGUUCGGGGAGAGAGAAAAAGAGAGAAGAACGCGUCUACAUUCAUGUGUUUAUUGUAAUGAUAACGAUGCCUGUGGAGGGGAGGCUGGGGGCCAGGCUGGUGCCCUGCUGUGUGUGGCUGUGUCUGGGGCUGCUGUGUCUCCUGUCCACCCUGCCCUGUUCCUGGUCCCAGGACCCCCUUAACGUUGGGGACCCCAAGGAUAUUGGAGACUCCAUGGAUGCAGAUCAGGGUGCCUUCCAGCCGCAGAGUGCACUGUCUGACAUGGAGUUCUCUUCCGUUGCCUCCUACCGCGGCCCCGGCAACAAUGACUCGCGUGGCAACAAGGACCUGCCCAUCCUGUUGUGGUGGAGUGCAGGACUCUUCCCUCAUUUCCCCGGAGACACAGAACGCAUCGACUGUCACACCUCCUCCUGUCUGGUCACACGCAAUAGGAAGGUUCAACUGUACCGACGUACCUCCUCCAUCAUCUUCUAUGGGACAGACUUCAGGGCCUACGAGGCUCCUCUUCCCAGACCCUCUCACCAGACCUGGGCCUUAUUCCACGAGGAGUCCCCCAUGAACAACUAUGUCCUGUCCCACAGCCCAGGCAUCAGGCUGUUUAACUACACAGCCACCUUCAGGAGAGGUUCAGACUACCCUCUGACCCUGCAGUGGCUGCCCUCCCUGGGAUACCUGCUCCAGCCUGUAGCCGUGUCUCUGGAGCAGAAGAACCGCUGGAGGAGAGAGGGUCUGGCCCCCAUCAUGUACAUGCAGUCACACUGUGACGUCCCCUCUGACAGGGACAGAUACGUACAGAAACUCAUGAAGUACAUAGAGGUGGACUCGUAUGGGAAAUGUCUGAACAGUAAGCCCCUCCCUCAGUCCCUGGAGGACACAAGCACGGCCACAGGGGAGGACGCCGGCUUUAUGAGCUUCACGGCACGCUACAAGUUCCACCUGGCCCUGGAGAACGGCCUGUGUCAGGACUACAUGACAGAGAAGCUAUGGCGCCCUCUCCACCAGGGCUGUGUACCAGUCUACCGCGGCUCCUCAUCAGUAGCCGACUGGAUGCCCAACAACCUCUCUGUCAUCCUUAUCGAUGACUUCCCAUCACCUCAGGACCUAGCCAAGUUCCUCAAGGCGUUGGAUGAGAACGAUGAAGAGUAUGCUAAGUAUUUACAGUUUAAGAAGCCGAGCCACGUUACCAACGUUGGCCUGUUGGAGGCACUGGAGAGCAGGGAGUGGGGCGUGAACGACAUGAGCAAACCCAACUACCUCAACGGCUUUGAGUGCUAUGUCUGUGACCAGGAGAAUACCAGACUGGCAAUUGAACGGGCCUAUAGGAAAGCCCCAGAGAAGAGCCCGCCCCCCCAGCCUAAGAUGGCCAAUAAUUCUCAUAUGGGAUGUCCUCUACCCAGCCCAGGGUUUGGAGACCUUCAGGAUCUACACAUCAAUGACAGCUGGGUCCAGAUGUGGCCGCAGGACUACUGGCAGAGCCUAGAUCAGGCUGAAGGAUUGGAGUCUCUCAUCAGACAUAACGAGUCAGACCCUGCACUGCUCUGGCAUCACAUCCAGGAGUUGGCUAUGAGGAGGGCCAGAGGACAGGCAUAACUAGUCGAACCCUGCACUGCUGAGGAACCACAUACAGUAGGAGAGCCAGAGGUAACUGAGAAAGUUCCUUAUUGCCAGUGUUUUUUGACAGAAAGAGGACAAGGAAAGAAAGCCAUCUAAUUGUCUAGAGACUUGCACCCCUUAACCAGUGGGGCCAAACGCAAACCUGAGAGAUGUGGACCAGCAAUAAGAAUCAAUGAACUGCUACUGAACUAUCGGUAGUGUAGACUAAAGGAUAGAGAAGAUGUACAAAAAUAUAUAUAUCACAGUACUGCUUUAUAAUGUUGUCCACUUGAGAUGCCUGGUACCCUCAUCUGUGGUACAAAAGGGCCUAAUUUGUGUCCAAGUUACAGUAAUGUUUUGUUAUCUCAAACCUGUCGCCAAUAGUUGUCUUUUCAACACUCAAUAAUGUACAUUUUUUAUACUCUAUAUUUAUCAUGUUUAUAUAAAUCAAUUUUAUUGUUUUUCUGAGUCAAAGCAUCAAUUUAAAAAUAAACGUUUGAACGAAAA